AGGGAUGGCACCAGGUAAGAGGAGGGCGCAGAGGGUGGGAGGCAGGUGGAGGGAUGGCCCUGCCGAAAAGGACCGGGAAAGCAGUCCCCAUCGGCAGGAGGAGGGACGUGGGCUUGGUGACUAAACUUCUUGUAAAAGGGGGUGGAGAAAGGAAAGGGAGGGACAAGAAGAGGGGAAAAAAAAAAAAACCUGCAUGUCAAGUCUGAGGAAAUGCUGUGGGAACUGCAGCCAGGCGCCCUUUUUUUUUUUUUUUUUUUUUUCUCUUCUUCUGCUUCUUCUCUCUUCUCCCCUCGUGUAGCUGAGAGGAAGGAAAGGAAGAAAGAGAAGUAGCUAGCUCAAAUGUGCCUCGCUCUGCUGCCGGGGCGCGGGGGCUUGGCUGGAAGAAUCUAGUUUCUCUUCGGUGGCAGGAAAAGGAGCCACGGGAGGAGGCAGAGACGGACACCCAGACAUGCCCGUCCCGUCAGGCUGCUGGCUCCUUCUCCUUUGCCUCGCUGCCGCUGGCAAACAGUUGUCACUACAAAUCACGCCACCGUGUGAGAACGAACAACACUAUGAAUACUCUGGACGGUGCUGCACAAAGUGUGAGCCAGGAAAGUAUAUGUCUGCUAGAUGCACUGGUACUUCUGACAGCGUGUGCCAGCCGUGUGGCCCAAACGAGUAUAUGGAUGUCUGGAAUGAAGAAGAUAAAUGCUUACUACAUAAAAUAUGUGAUCAAGGGAAAGCUUUGAGAGAAGUGAACCCAGGGAACAGCACGUUCCAGCGGCAGUGUGCUUGUACGAUGGGCUACCACUGGAAUGAAGACUGCGACUGCUGUCAGCGAAAUACCAUAUGUGCUCCAGGAUUCGGAGUUGAGCAUCCUGUGCAACAAGAUAAGGACACAAUGUGUAUACCAUGUCCCAGAGGCUACUUCUCAAAGGUCGCUUCAUCUACUGACGAGUGUAAAUCCUGGACCAACUGUACAGCUCUAGGAAUGGCAGAAAUCGUGCCUGGGACUGACAAGUCAGAUGCAGUUUGCACAGAACGGAAGAUGCCUGAGCCAUCGGAAGACGGAACAAACAGGAUCUUAUACGUGUUGAUUGUCAUCUUGUUUUUUGUGGCACUAAUUGGCAUUGUCAUCUUCAUUGUAUACUACAAGAAUAAGGGAAAAAAGCUGACAGCAGAUCUACAGAAUUGGGCUAACGAAGUGUGCAGCCAAAUAAAAGGAACAAAGGAGCCCCACAGAGAUGCAUUUGUUACCGAGAACAUCACGAACAUUGCUGUCCCCCAGGCCUCUGAAGGCAUGUGUCUCCUGGGCCCCACCAGCUCUCCUGCCCCUGGAAACUCAUGCUGCGCCAGUGGUCACGCUCCUUGCAGGAACGGGAGCCCCAGCACAGCACCGUGCGAGGCGGGAGGGAACCUCCAAGAGUUUUCUGUCGUAACUGAGACUGAUGAUGACCAUUUCCCACCAGUGCCCACGGAAGAUGAAUACACGGAUAAGGAUCUCAAUACCGCCGAUUAUUUAUCUUUGCUGAGUCGGACUGCCAGUAAAACAGUGUCGUCAUUUUCGGAACCGAUGGAGGCAGGGGAGAACGACAGCUUAAAUCAGUACUUUUCAGGGAUUGGGAGCACAGAGGACAUAUCAGUCUCUCAAGGCUUUCACCCUUCUUCCAACACAGAUGGGGCACACAUUGCCACGGACAAACUUCUUCAGAAAUCUUGCCAACAUGCCCAUAGUUGCCUGAAGGAAACGGACAACAAAGGCACAGAUCAUUUUGCAACAAACAAUGACUCAGAGAAGAUCUGUGUGAGGUGUGGCAUUUCGUACAGGGAGUCUCCCAGAAAGUGGAGCAAACCCUGUUGUGCUGCAGCUGACAGUGCCUCCACCUCCCCAGAAACUGGAUCCUAUGCACAGUGCACCUGUGGCUUGAAUUUCCUCUCUGCUGGUCAGAGCACACUAGCAAGUGAUCAUAGUAUGGAAGAUGCAUCUUCAGAUAGUACCAACAUGAAGUACCAGAACACAAACAGAAGCACUUCAGGGACAAACAGAAGCACUUCAGGGACAAACAGAAGCACUUCAGGGACAAACAGCAGCACUUCAGACCUCCCUCCAGCAUCUGGAAAUGUGACUGGAAACAGUAACUCCACCUUUAUCUCAAGCGGACAAGUAAUGAAUUUCAAGGGCGACAUCAUCGUUGUCUACCUUAGCCAAAACUCCCAGGAGGGGGCAACGGCCUCGGGGCCGAGCGAGGAGAACGUGGGCAGCCCCGUCCAGGAGGAGAACCUCAGCCGCUGCGAGACUUUCGCCGGCAACACGCAGCACUACAAGGAGAAGUGUGCCGAGCUGCAGGGCGCCCGCCUGGCGGCGGGGAGCGGGGGGCCGCGGUGGCCCGCCGGAGCCCCGGCCCGGGAGCGGGGCCCGUCCUGCCACGGCCGGGCCUCGCAGCCCGUGCAGGAGGAGGGGAAGCUGGGACACUUCUCGGAGAAGGCGUUGAACUGAGGCGGGCCGGUGUCCUUGCUGCGGGCCGGGGCGCGGGGCUGCCGCCAUCCCGGGCGUCGCGACGGAUUCGGAGACUCUCGCUGCCCCGGGCGUCUCCCGGGAAAUUUCGCGGCCGGAAGGGACCCUUGUGGCGCAGGUGGCGGUGGCGGAGCUCUCGCCGAGGAGCUCGGCGGUGGGGACAGGCGCGCGCGUGAAGCCGGGCGCGCUGCCUCCGUCGCAGAAGCGGCGGCGGGCCUUCCCCCUCUCCCUGGCGGGGCGGCGGGCCGCCCGCCUGGCCCCCCGCUCCCCGGCGCCUCUCCCCGGCAAGCAGCGAAGGAGGGUUGAGGAGAUCCUUCGGGCCGGGGACUCCGUGAGGAGGAGAGCGGCGCUGGCCGGGCGCGCGGGGCGCUCCCGGAGAGGGGACAACGUGGCGGAGGAGCGCACCGAAAGGGGCCCCUGAGCUCUGCCCCCGGGUUUUCUGUUGGCGACGAAGCUGCGCCCGUUUAGCUGGGCCUUGGGCCUCCUCCGUGCCGCUGGUGGUGGAAGGAAGCGGCGGCCACCUCUGCCGCUGAGCCCAGUGCCGCCGCCAACCUGUGCCUCCCUGUGGCGAUCGGGCGGGUGGCGUCAGCCCUUUCCAUCUUUCCCCAAGGGAGCAGAUGCUCCAGCCUCAAACCAGCGCCAGAGCCAAGAUCCUGGUCUGCCCCUUAUUAACUCGUGGGUAUGAAUAGGUGUAAUGCUGCUCCAAGCACAUGAUAACAGGCAAAAUACAGCUGAUACGCCUUAAAAGCAUAUCAGAUUAAUGCCGAGCAAAGAGCAUUUAUCGUUUUGGACUCUGAUUCACCUCUGCCUUCUUGCACCUCGCCAGAGGAAUUCAAACCCCUGAAGAUGAGUGACGUGUGCCUGGCGUGCUGCUGCAUGAAUAAUGUUACCAAAAUCUAAGACACAGAGCUGCUAGCAGGUGGAGGAAGGGUCUAUGAUAACUAGCUGUGGACGUUUCCUGAGUGACAGGAGAGGGAGGGGUUACCCAAAGAUGGAGAAUUUAGUCAAGGUCAAACACGGGUUCCUUCAUCUGCCCAAACAAUUUUGUCAUUCCCUCUAAUACUUUCAUUAGUAAGCAGAGCUUUACUUAGGUAGCAUGAAGCUAUUUCCAGAGCUCAGCCUGUCUGAGCUGAAAUCAGAGUGUAGCCACUGUCACACUGAGAGCUGAUAAGCAAUGGGACCAAAGGUUCAGAUUUUGAGAGCUGAUAAGCAAUGGGACCAAAGGUUCAGAUUUAAAGAAUAAUAGUAGUUGUAGUCAGAAGGGAGUCUCAGCUACUCAGUUGGCUUUGGUUCAGGUCCCGUAUCCUGCAGCAUCCUCUAGCAGCCACUGUGGAGAGAAAGGUGAAGGGAACAGAGUCUCAAGGAACUCCCAAGAGGAAAAGAUAACAUUUUUAAUGAUUUCCUGACAUGGGGUAAUUUUCUGACAUUAUCCUGCACAUGUGAGCGCUGCAGGAGGCUAUCGUCAAUCUGAGCCUUCAGGAGGGUCAGUGCUGUGUUUCCUGCCAGACAGCAAAGAGAUCUCUUAUCUAGCGUGAUCUCAUCUGCCCUGACGGAAAAGCUCUCUGGUAGGGAGGGCUCCUACCCGGGGAGGUUAUAAAGCUGAGGGGUUCACUGCGUAGCUGCUCUCUUUGCAAUAGUACUGCUCUGUGGGUGAAGAGCACCUAUAAAGCUGACAAGGUGACCACUGUGUCACAAUGAGCUUCUCAUCCAUAAAACAAAAUGAUGGGCUUAGCCACCUUCACCUCUCAGGAGAAUAAUUUUGCAUUAUUUAUAUAUCUGGGAUGUAAAGUUCAGUACAAACGUGCAAGGCUCUCACUUAGGUGGCUGGCAAAAAGGGCGCAUGGACAACCAGUCUCCUUUUCAUCUCUGCAUGGCCUUCAGAAAACUAGACCAUCCUAGCGUAGACUCGGCCAGGCAGGUAGGUUGUCCCAUUCAGUGAUGGCCCAAGCUACCUCUGCCUCUUUGAAAGUGUGUAACUGAGGCUCUCUUAUCUGUGGUAUUCUUUUGCCUUUCCUGCUGGAUCCUUUACAACUUUUCUAGCCUCUUCUGGCCUAAUUCUUUGUCCCCUAGGCAUUGGUGCAAUAGGGACAAAGAAGUAGAGCCACCAUCACCUUCAUGCAAGGUGGUGCAGAUAUUCUCGCUCUUCAUCUUCAUUUUUUCAGUUGUAUUUUCCUGGAAAGCAUUCAUGCAGGACAUCAGCCCCACUGGAAAGCAUUCAACCAGCCCCACUUACAGGGCAGGAGGGACUGAAUUCUUGUGCUCAGCUCAGGGUGAACUACCUGUCUGCAAGUCUGUCUUCUCCUCCUUCUUCCUCUGCAGCUUCUUUCUUCCCUUGGUUUGUAUCCACCACCAGAGAGCAGGCUGAAAAUCCUGAUUUCAGAGAAGACAAUGGGAAGUUUACUAUGUGUCCUCAGUGAGGACACAUUUUUCACUUGCUGAAUUUCAGGAUCCUACCGAGCAAGGACUGAAACUAGGAUCAUCAGCAAGCAUGAAGAAAUGGGUCAUAGUGAUCUCAGCGCCGUGGCCACUCCCUUAAGGGGAAAUGUGAUGCGCCAAGAGAUCUGAUUCUUUUUCUUCCUCCAGAGUCUACCCAAAAACGAAGAAACCAUCAGCAUGCCGAGUGUUCCCUGGGUCUCUGCCUGGCUGCUUAGACAUGGGCCCCAAAGGGACUUCUUUAUCCUCACGAUUUCAUUUGUCAUCACUUUGGAGCUGGGGCUGUUCUUUAACAUCUGUUUGUACAAUGGGGCCCUAUGCAUUGGGCACUAAUUUGGAGGCUUCUGGCUGCUAUUGUAAUACACAUAACUAAUGAUAAUAAAAAUCUUAAAGAUCUA